CCCCCCCCUCCCUCUUAUGAUUGCUCAACGGCUAGUUUCCAACUUCAUCUUUCCCUCCAAAACUACAGAGUCAAGAACCGUCCCAAACAUCCAUGUCCCAUAAUGGAAGCUUAUAUGACUGCUUUGCUUAAUCAAUCCUUGCAUCUAAACCAGCUGAAGCAACUUCACGCUCUGAUUAUCACAGAGUACACAAAUCUAGCUCCUAUUUUCGUCAAAAAGCUUCUCGAUUCUCGUGCUAUUGAAUAUGGUCGCAAGGUGUUCGAUAAAAUUACUCAACCAGAUCAAUUUCUUUUUAACUCUCUUGUUCGAGCGUAUUCAAAGCUAUCACUCAAUCAAAAUGCAUUGGCGGCAUUUUCUUCAAUGCACCGCAGUGGGAUUCGAGUGGCUUGUUUUGCCUUUCCGUCUGUUAUCAAGUCGUGUUUGUUGUUAAAAGCUGUUGGUGUAGGAAAACAGGUUCAUUGUUUAGCAAUAAAUUAUGGGUUUGAUUCGAGUGUGUUUGUUCAGACUGCUUUGAUGGAUUUUUAUGCCAAAUGUGAUGAUUUAGUUUCUGCAAGGAAGAUUUUUGAUGGGAUUUUGAUUAAAGAUCCAAUUUGUUAUAAUUGUUUGAUUUCUGGGUAUUCCAAGUCUGGUGAUCUUGAAGCAGCUAGGAGGCUUUUUGAUGUGAUGCCUGAGAGAACCGUUGUCUCUUGGAAUUCUAUAAUUUCUAGUUAUGCACAAAAUGGACAGUAUCACGAGGGGUUGAGAAUUUUUGAGAGAAUGCAGGCUGAGAAGUUUUGUCCGAAUGAGAUCACUCUAGUAAGUUUGCUCUCAAUUUGUGCUAAGCUUGGAGAUUUAGAAAUGGGUUUGAGGAUUAAGAAGUACAUAAAUGAAAGUAGUUUGCACCAAAAUAUGAUAGUCUCAACUGCCAUUUUGGAAAUGUAUGUCAAAUGUGGGGCUGUUGAUGCUGCACGUAAACAGUUUGACAAAAUGAAUAGGAGAGAUAUUGUAACAUGGAGUGCAAUAAUUGCUGGUUAUGCUCAAAAUGGGAGACCAAGUGAGAGUGUAGAGCUCUUUGAGCUCAUGGUGAAUGAAAAGAUUAAACCUAAUGAUGUUGCACUCGUCAGUGCUCUAUCAGCAUGCUCUCAAUUAGGUUUGGUUGAAGUUGGUCAGCGAAUAGGCGCAUAUGCAGAAUGCCAAAGAUUCGCGUCAAAUGUUUAUGUGAGGUCUGCAUUGUUAGAUAUGUAUUCUAAGUUUGGUCAUAUUGAUAAAGCUCGUCGUGUGUUCAGUGAGAUGCAACUCAAGGAUAUUGUUAGUUGGAACUCAAUGAUUGCUGGGUUAGCAGUCAAUGGCUGUGCAGAGGAAUCCAUUUUUUUUUAUGAGAAAAUGAAAAAAACCACAUUAAGACCAAAUAGUAUCACUUUUUUGGGACUGCUGACAGCCUGCUCACACGGUGGCCUUGUCAAAUUGGGUCUUGAAUUUUUCAGAAACAUGAAAUCACAACAUGGUAUUAGUCCAGAGAUAGAACAUCAUGCAUGCAUUGUAGAUCUUUUCUGUAGAUCAGGGAGAUUAAAGGAAGCAUUUGAGUUCAUAUGUAGAAUGAAAGUAGAGCCCAAUGCUGUUAUAUGGGGCACUUUGCUGAGUUCUUCUAGAAUCAACUUGAAUGUAAAACUUGCUGAGAUAUCUCUUAAGAAGUUACUCGAGUUAGAGCCUGACAAUGCUGGGAAUUAUGUCCUUCUUUCUAACAUCUAUGCCAGUGAGGGUAGAUGGCAAGAAGCCUUGAAGGUGCGGAACUUAAUGAAAGAUAGAAGAAUGAAAAAAGAAGUUGCUUAUAGUUGUAUAGCAGUGGACAAUGAAUUACAUAAAUUCUUAGUUGGGGACACAUCACAUUCUAAAUCGAGUGAGGUCUAUAGCAUUGUCAAUGAGCUUGCGAUACAGUUGACUAGUGCUGACUGAGAUUCAAACAUGGAUAUGUAAGUGCAUUGAUGAUCAUACUACAAAAUAGAGAAUGACUAUGCUGUUAAAACACUGUCUAAGCAAGAGAACAAGAUUCCCAAGGAAAGUCUGUUCUUUAUUCACUCGAUUUUCAACUCUCUUUGCAACCACAAGAAGCCAUUGUUCUUUUCCUGGAAAUGUAAGUUGUAUUUUAUUUUUCAUAAUUAUUUACUUGUACCCUUUUAAAUUCAAUUCAAAGCUCCAAGUCUUAUUCUGUCAUGCUCCAUGUGCCAAUAUAUUUGUUAGGAAAAUUAAGAGAUAAUAAUUAAUAGUGAUUAGUUAUGACAACAACAAUUUUUUUUAAUAUCUCAGAUAACAUUAUAGAUUGGAGCUCACGUAAUAUUUUAUAAUAUUACUAGGACACAUACAUGCUGAUGUUGCAAACUUUUGAACAACAUAUUAAAAGAUACAUUUAAAAAUGAUACAGUAGACGUGUAUUAACAUUAAUUAAUACUUUUUUAAAAAAAAAAUAAUUAAUAUUCAAUCGUGAUAAGUUUAUUAAAAACAAAGAUUAUUAUAGGAUCUCAUGGAGCAGGUAGUUUUUGAAGUUUUGACUCACAAAACUGUUAUUCUUAUUCAAUUACUUUGUUACCUCACAAUUAUGUUCAAUAAAAUAACUUUCUUUACAUUUUAUAGAAAAGUAGUAAGCAUUUCCUAGUGUGUUACAAGAAACCCCAUGUAUUUGAUUAAUUUUUCUUUUGAUAAUCUUCAUUAAAAUGAAUUGUUUAUUUGUAUAAUUUGUUGAUACCACAAUGUUACCUUUAUUCUCACUAGUCAACUAGAUAAAGAGGUAAGAAUAAGUCAAUAACCAAAAAUAAUAAUGAAUUGAUUAUUUUAAUGAGAUUUAUUAAAAUAGUAUUAUAUCAGAAGAUCCCAAAAGAUGCUUACGUUUAGUUUAGAUAGAUAAAACACAAAAUCAUCAAACAUUAUAUAAUAUUUAUAGUUGUUUCAAUAGUUUCAUUUUAGUAAGGUUAUCUUGACCACUUGUUUAAGUUGUUCUUUAUUUUGUCAAUAUUAAACAAAUAAAUGCACGUAUCAUAAUCUCAGGCUUCAUGUCUGAUAUUUUUAUUAAAUUUAUAAAAAAUUUAUUCAUAGCAAAAAAGAUUGCGUGCGUAUCCUUGUUUGGAAUUAUCGCCACGCUAUAAACGCGUAAGGGGUACAACAGUAAUUUAAGCAAGGGUAGUUUCGGUAGAGAGUGAGGUACCGUAUAUGCCUAUUACGGCUAUACGGUAGUGAUCCCUUUCUCGUAAAUAAAACAAAAUACAAAGGACAAAAUUGUCGUUUCGGUUACACCGGUGAAUGAUCUUUGACUAUAAAGAAUGUUGUAUGCUGGCAAUGUUUAAUUGCUUCAUUUUCAGAAAGUUUUAAGAUUAAGAAAAAAAAAAGCUUUAAGUUAACAACGUGGGAUGGAACUAUGAAGCUCCCAUUGGGUUGGAAGCUUUGAAUUUCUGUUAUUUCAACUCUGGUUUCGACUUUAACGAUUAGAGUUUUAUUUUGUUAUAUCUAUUUUGAGCUCUCUGCAAAUUUCAAUGGCGGAAACCUCUCAUGGCCCUGCUAGCUUUUGGACUCAAGCCGAUGCUCUGCUGCGAAAGAACCUAACUUUUCAG